AUGCCUAUGUUAGCAGAUCCUUCCGUCAAGUAUAAGCCAUACCCUCAAAUCAACUUACCUAACCGUCAGUGGCCUACAAAGGUAAUUUCGAAACCUCCAAGAUGGCUUUCGACCGAUUUGAGAGAUGGGAACCAAAGUUUACCUGACCCCAUGUCUUUUGAAGAAAAGAAGGAAUAUUUCCAUAAAUUGGUGGAUAUGGGGUUUAAAGAAAUCGAAGUGGCUUUCCCUAGUGCAUCUCAAGUUGACUUUGACUUCACCAGGUAUGCUGUUGAAAGUGCACCUGCUGAUGUUUCUAUCCAAGUUUUAUCUCAAUGUCGUGAAGAUUUAAUUAGAAGAACCAUUGAAUCCUUAGUUGGUGCUAAGAAAGCCACCGUUCAUAUUUAUUUGGCCACUUCGGAUUGUUUCCGGAAUGUUGUGUUUGGAAUGCUGCAAGAAGAAUCGCUUGCUUUAGCUGUGAAAUGCACCAAAUUAAUCAAAUCCUUAACUAAAGAUGAUCCUGCUCAACAAUCUACUGAAUGGGAUUUUGAGUUCUCUCCAGAAACAUUCUCAGAUACUGACCCUGACUUUGCAGUUCAAGUUUGUACUGCUGUUAUGGAAGCAUGGGAACCAACUAAGGAAAAGCCUAUUAUCUUUAACUUACCAGCAACUGUUGAAAUGGCUACUCCAAACAUUUAUGCUGAUCAAAUUGAAUAUUUCUCCACACAUAUCCCCAACAGAGAAACAGUUUGCAUAUCUUUACAUCCUCAUAAUGAUAGAGGGUGUGCUGUUGCUGCUGCAGAAUUAGGUCAAAUGGCAGGUGCUGACAGAAUUGAAGGAUGUCUUUUUGGGAACGGUGAAAGAACUGGUAACGUUGAUUUGGUUACCUUAGCUUUGAACUUGUACACUCAAGGUACCCACCCCAAAUUGGAUUUCUCUGAUAUGAGUUCUGUGAUUGAUAUCGUGGAAAAGUGUAAUAAGAUUCCUGUUCCUGCCAGAGCACCAUAUGGAGGUUCGCUUGUUGUUUGUGCCUUCUCUGGAUCUCAUCAAGAUGCUAUUAAGAAGGGAUUCAAUGCUUAUUCCAAACAAGUCAAGGAAUCAGAGGGGAAAAAUGUCCAUUGGAGAUUACCAUAUUUACCAUUGGAUCCAGCAGAUAUUGGUAGAACUUAUGAAGCUAUCAUUAGAGUCAAUUCUCAAAGUGGAAAAGGUGGAUCUGCUUGGGUCAUUCUACGUAACUUGGAAUUGGAUCUCCCCAGAGGCUUACAGGUUGCGUUUUCCAGAGUUGUUCAACAAAGAGCAGAAAUCAAGGGUCAAGAAUUAUCCAAUCAUGAAUUAUGUGAAUUGUUUAAGAAGGAAUACUUUAUUGAUUAUUAUGAUAAUUCUGAUACCAAUGAUUACCAAUAUAGAUUGAUGGAUUAUUCUCUUACUGCUAGUAAGCAAACCAGAAAGAUUGAAGUUGAUUUGGAAAUAAAUAACAAACCAAUCAAGAUCGCCGGUGAAGGUAAUGGUCCUAUCUCCGCUUUCUCCAAUGCUAUCUCUACCGGGUUAGGAAUUGACAUUGUGGUGAAACAUUAUAGUGAGCAUACUUUAGGUGAAGACUCAGAUUCUCGUGCUGCCACUUAUAUUGAAGUAUUGUUUGAGGGUAAGAUUACCAAAUGGGGUGUUGGUAUUCAUGAAGAUGUUUCCCAAGCUUCUUUCCUUUCUAUUAUUUCCAUCUUGAAUGGGUUGCAUAAAGACAAGCACAUCUGA